AUGGCGUCCCGCUACGUGACCAAGAAUGGCAGAACCGCCAAACGCGGCAUCUUCAUGGGCGGCGUCUGGCAUUGCGACUGCGAUUCGAGACUGCCAGCCGACAAGUUCCAGACCAAGAAUGGAGGGAAAAAUCACGGAAGAUGGUUCUACACGUGUCAAAAGCCACAACCGUCUAAGUGCGGAUUCUUCCUCUGGGAGGAUGAUGCAAAGGUGCGCGAGGAGGGCGCCGUCCUGGCCAAUUCAAGAACGGAGCCAACAAGCCCGAGGACGCCAAAGAAGAUUGGCAAAGCGGUGCAGACCAAGCUAACGUCGCCCGUUCAACUCGCAACUCCGUCCACCAAAUCCAGAUCUCCCGUCAAGCUUGAAGCCGUUCCUCCUCCAGUGGACAUUGACAAUGCUUGGUCAUCCGACAGCGUCAACGACGAAGACCUAGCAUCUGCGCUCGAGGAAUUUGAAACGCCUCGCAAAGCGGGGCGCACCGACGUCGUCACCUCUCCCGGCAAGAAGCGCACCACGUCCGCCAUCUCUGCCAAAUCCGACGCCUCUUCCGUAACUCUUCCCCCGGAUCAUGAAGCUGACGAUGUCUUCUGCACCCCCGCUACCAUCAAAAAGCCCGGCUCCGCGCUCUUUCCUCUUCAGCCCACCGGCCUCGCCUCCCCAAACAUCACCCCGUCCAUGACGGUCCACAAAGGCUCAACCGCCACCGGCACAGCCACAGAAUCCGCAGAAGCCGGCCCGCUCGCGACCUCCGCCCUCCAGCUGCUGCAGCCCACCAUCACCCUCCCAACACAGCUCGAAACCCAACUCAUUGACCUGCUCAACCGUCACGAGCUCCGCGCCGCCGGUGUCGCCAAGGGCCGCGAAAUCACCCGUCUGGCCGUGCAGGCCAAGGAACGCAAGAUUGCAGAGCUGGAGGCGCGCAUUCACGGCCUGGAGCAGGAGAAGGAGACGAUGCGAAGUGUGGUGCAGUGUCUCAAGAGUGACAUUGCCACGAGUCCAAAGCGACCGAGGCGGCCUCGGACCGGGUCGGGGACCGGUGGGGAGGAGCUGGGAGGAACAUCCGGUGCUGGCGGUGUGGGCGGUAGAGGCAGAGGCAGAGGGAGGGGAGAUGCGACAUGGGCUCGCAGCAUUGUCUGA